AUGCAAAUUAGCAACACGAGCUUCAACGCAAUGACUUCACACGCUUUGCUUAACCCACCAAAAGUUUCACGAUUAUUUGGACGUGUGCUGAAACUGAUCGAUAAUCCUCCAGAAGAUCUGUUUUUGCGUAAUCGGAACGUCGGGAAAGUCAGAGUCGACUGUAAACUUCAGCUCUCAAGAUCGAAAUGGGGUGUCUUAGGACAUGCUGAGAACACGGCUGGAAUCAUUUACAUGAGCCUCGGUUUUCAUCAACCCGGCGAUUGCAGAUUGUUUCAGGCAACUGUCUCUGUUACUUCCAAGGAAAAUAAGGAUGGCAACAGAAAGGAUGAAUCUCUUUCAAGUUCUUCGCAUAUCACCAAUCGCUUUAGUCCAAAGCAACUAUUGGGCGAAGAGAGAAAAGUUUCCGUGAAAAAAACCGUUCACUUCACGCUACUUCACAACUACCCGAAUCAGAAGGGCCACAAGACAAGUGUGUAUAGAACAUUGAAGUGGGACUUGAUAGAGAGUGAUUUUGAGAUACAAGCCACGCAUAGUGAUGUUAUUCGUACUGCAUUUGCAUUUGAGCAUGCGGGUGAUGCGUUCUACAUGGAGGUCAAUAUUGAAGGAAAGCUGAAAAGUCCUAAAGAUAGGAUCAGGAGACACUUAAAAUUCUCCUCAAGGGCAAAGGGAAGCAAAGUAACAACUUUAUUGGGCAAUGAAGAUCGAAAAUUUGGUAGCUGUACCGACAGAAGUGCCACAUGCUGUGCCCCCAUUCGUUCAACUGGGUGGGAUCGCGGCAAAAACGCCCCAGGACCAAGCAUAAAUCGAGCAAUUAUUAACCCUGUUGAACAAUCACGAGCUACCAUUGGUUCCCCCACAUUAAUUCGAGGGGUCUCGAACUUUUCCCUGGGAGAUCCAGCACAUCCUGCUAUCGAGAACUUUACAAAAGCUCUCUCAAUAUUUGUAGAUAGAAGACAGCAGAAUGCUCAAAAGUCUAUAAUGAAACCGGAAAAAUCAACCUUGAGGCCAGUCGAAGAAGUAGUCGAACUGGAGAGUGAGUUGAGAACAGACGUUGAAUCUUCAUAUUCUUCUUCGGAUGCCAAACUGGUCAAUGAGGAGGAUCUAGAACUAAAUCAUGAAAACCUGGCGAUUAUCAAAAAAAGAGCAGAUUGA